AUGCCACCGAGCACUCCCGUUCUCUUCCUGGACGGAGGUCUCGGGACGUCCCUCGAGGAUAAAUAUGGCGUAAAAUUCUCCAGCAAAACCACGCCACUGUGGUCUUCGCAUCCUAUCGUGAGCGACCCGCAGACGCUGCUCGCCUGCCAGAGGGAUUUCGGCCAGGUGCCAGUGGAUGUGAUCGAGACAGCCACCUACCAAGUCUCCAUCGCUGGCUUUGCAGCCACCACGACGGAGAAAUGGCCGAAGGGCAUCGACGAGGCCAGCAUCCCCGGCUUCCUCAAGCACGCAGUAGAGAUCGCCGACCAGGCCAGGGGGAAGCCGGAUGCAAAGCUGGCCCUGAGUCUCGGGCCCUACGGUUCCACCAUGGUUCCUGGACAGGAAUACAGUGGGGCGUACGACGACCAACAUGACGACGAGGCACGGCUGCUCGGAUGGUGGGCCCAGCGACUGUCUCUUUUUGGCGACGACCAGCUCCUGGAUAAGAUUGCAUACAUUGCGUGUGAGACUAUCCCAAGGCUCGACGAGAUCGCCGCCGUCAGGAAAGCAGUUGCUGGCUUUGCUUCGAAGCCACUCUGGAUAGCAUGCGUCUUCCCCGGCGAGGGCGACGGGUUCCCCGACGGCAGCAGCGUCGAGCAGGUCGUGGAUGCCAUGCUUUCUCACGACAACGCCAAAGCUCAGCCCUGGGGCAUAGGCAUCAACUGCACAAAGAUGCACAAGCUUGCGGGCCUGAUUGGUAAAUAUGAGGAUGCGGUCUCAAAGAUGAUCCAGCAAGGACGGCUCGUCGCGUGGCCGGCGCUGGUGCUGUCCCGACGGGACCAAUGGAGAGGUGUACAAUACCACAACGCAGAAAUGGGAGGCUCCCGCCGGCCAGGUGGAACAAAAGCUUCUGUUUCUGACAUGGCACAGAUACCGUGGGAGCAGCACUUGGGAGAGACUGUGCUCGACACGGCUAAGCGCCAGAAGUGGCGGACCAUCCUGGUGGGAGGAUGCUGCAAGGCCAGCCACAGCGAUAUUAGGAAACUCGUCGACUAUGUCCAUUCCGCCGACGUGGUUGCUGUCUACAUCGCUGGAGAAGCUGUCGGUGCUCUCACACAGACAGCCAUAGCUGACAAACUUGGUCGCGUCCGUUUCAUGGAGCUCAUGUGCGUCGUCGUGACUAUAGGGACUGUCAUCCAGACUGCCUCUGUGAAUAUCGGCAUGUUCUUGGCCGGCCGAGCCAUUGCAGGAUUCGCCGUCGGAGGCCUCGUGGGGACGGUCCCCAUUUAUCUUAGCGAGAUUUCGCCACCUACGAAACGCGGCCUGAUCGGAGGUAUAUCAGGUUGUGGGAUCAGCUUCGGUACCAUGAUGUCGAACUGGGUCGGUAUGGCCUGUGGCUACGCCCCUUACGGGCCCGUACAAUGGCGUCUUCCGCUUGGUAUUCAGAUACCAUGGGGAGUGAUUCUCUUCAUUGGCCUGGCAACCUUCAUGCCGAAUUCACCACGCCAACUGAUCCGGAAUGGAAAGGUCGACGAAGCACGGCAGGAAUUCGUCAAGAUCCGGCGUGACCUUCACCCUCACGAGGUCCAGGACGAGUUUUUGCUCAUGCGCUCUCAGAUUGAAUUCGAAAUGGAGAGGGAGAUCAAGUCAUACAAGGAGAUAUUCAGGCUCUUUAGGCAUCGUGCCUUGGCAUCCAUUGCCGUUCAGACAAUGACAAGUCUAACUGGGGUUAAUGUUAUUCAGUAUUAUCAGAGGAUCGGGUCAACUUCCAUUCUUGCCUUGGCAGGUGUUUACGGAACCAUUGCCUUUACGUCCAACCUCCUUACGACCCUGUUCCUGACGGACCAGUGGGGUCGAAGAAAAAUGAUACUGGCCGGCUUGAGCGGUAUUAUAAUUGUUGAGAUAUAUGCGGCCGUGAUGCAAAGAGAGUUCCAGAACACGGACAACAGAGUUGGCAAAGGCUUUGCCGUCCUUGGCAUCUACCUGUUUGUUGUUGUCUACUACGGCAUGCUGAACAGCACUACAUGGCUAUAUGGAGCCGAGAUCCUGCCUAUUGCGUUGCGAAGCAAGGUCAUGGGACUUGCUGCAGCGUCUCACUUUGUCGUGAAUGUGGGGAUCACCGAGGCAGGACCCAGCGCCUUUGCCAAUAUCAAGGAGAACUAUUACUACGUUUUUGUCGGCUGCAGCCUUUUCUUCCUCAUCGUCGCUUAUCUCUACUUCCCCGAGACAAGACGAAAGACCCUGGAAGAGAUCGCGGCAGCUUUCGGUGACAAAGUUGUCGUUUUGACAGACGCGGAGCGAAGCUCCGGAAUCCGCCCCGUUGACUGUGUCUUCAAGACCGACGCCGAAGAGGUCGAGGCGGCGUACACGGGUGCCUCAAGCCACAGGGGUUAA